GCAUAACCCUAUUUUUGACAACCUAUAUAUUUUGAUCAGAGAUGCGGUGUUCUUUGGUAAAAUUAGCAAGGUUUGAUAUCAUUGUUUUGAUUUCAGCCUAUUAUAAGUUUUAGUUUUCUUUACUAUAGAUAAUUCUCAUCAAGACGAACAAUUAAACAUCAUAUUCCAGUGAUAAAGAAAUUUAAAAAAAAUUGAAUGAGUACAAAAUGAUUGAUUUCAUAAUGUCCUGUUAUAAUACUAAGAGUAAUUCAAGCGAAUUUUCAAACCAUUCAAAUAGUCUUUCAAGUUAUUCUAUUGACAAAGUCGUUGAAGUUUUAAAUAAAGAAUUUGAAUUUGACAUAGAAGCUGAUUCGUGGAUGCUAAUGAAAACGCCGUGGGCUGUAUUAGGUAUAAUAGGAGUAUAUUCAUUAUUUGUGUUGAAAAUUGGCCCUCAACUGAUGGAAAAACGAAAACCAUUUAAUUUGAAGCACAUUAUGAUGGCCUACAAUAUUUUACAGUUGUUGUUCAACGGGUAUAUGCUAUCACGUUAUUUUCAACCUGGAUUAAUCAGUAGUCUAGUGAAACAUGGCUGUAGCUUAGAUGCAACGGACCUUAAUGAAAAACAUAAUUUACGUAAAAUCACAAAUGAAAUGAUAUGGCUUUACUUAAUCAACAAAAUUUGUGAUCUAAUGGAUACAGUAUUUUUUGUUUUAAGAAAAAAACAAUCACAUGUAUCAUUUUUACACUUAUACCAUCACAUGAAUAUGGUUAUUUCCUCUUGGGUGUGUAUGCGGUUUUUUAAGAAUCAUCACGUCAUAUUAGUGGGAUCGUUAAAUUUAAUUGUUCACGUCGUCAUGUAUACUUAUUACUUUUUAGCAGCAAUGGGACCUCAAAUACAAAAAUAUUUGUGGUGGAAAGUUUACUUGACUCGUUUACAAUUGGUUCAAUUCAUGAUUGCAAUAUUGUACUUUGUAUCUCUAUUUAUUUUUGAUUGUUCUUUUCCAAAAGUAUUUAUAUCGUAUGUGAUAUUAAACAUAACAUUUUUUUUAUACUUAUUCACAAUGUUUUAUUUGAAGACUUAUAAAAAAGUUAAGCCAGAGUAAAUUAAAUUAUGAUGUUUUAACUUUAUUA